AUGAACUACGACGUGCUGUUAAAUCGUACCGGAUUCAACAAGCUGACGAUAACACCGCAGCACUUCCGGAGCGUUUCCGAAGGUGAUUCGCGGCACCGUGACCAGCAGCAGAUUGCUGUUCAAGGGAACGAUGGAACGAAAACACCUGGAAGGAAAAUUUCACUGCCACCACAUGCACACCGCCAUGAAACCGUUUCCGCCUCGUGCAGUCCGAUGCGAGGUGGUCCCUCUUCGAACCAACCUGCAGGUGGUCCGGGUGAAGAGUUUAAGGGUAAGGUGGAGUCGAAACUGUUAACCAUGUGGAACAACAUGAAGUUCGGUUGGAGCUAUAAAAUGAAGACCAAUUUUUCGAAAGAGCAACCUUUGUGGCUGCUGGGUCGAUGCUAUCACCAGAAAGUUACACCCGGACCAUCAAUGGAAAGCUCGGUAGAGCUCGGCACGUCCGGCCCGGAUGGUCAGCUGAUGAUACUGCAGAACGUAUACUUGGCCGAAGGAUCCAACUCACCACCGGAGGAAACGGGUACCGACGCCAUUGAGGACAGCAGUCCGGAAGCGAUCAUAGAGGAGGAAGGAAUUGAAGCGUUCCGAAGGGAUUUUAUAUCGCGUAUUUGGAUGACGUACCGGCGAGAGUUUCAAACGAUGGACGAUUCGAACUAUACCUCCGAUUGUGGCUGGGGUUGCAUGAUACGAAGUGGACAAAUGCUGCUAGCGCAGGGUUUGGUGGCACAUUUUCUUGGCCGCAGUUGGCGCUGGGACGUGUCGAUGUUUACGGUAUACGAGGAGAGUAUACACAGGAAGGUGAUCCGUUGGUUCGGAGACACGUCUUCGAAGACGAGUCCCUUCUCCAUACACACGCUGGUGGCGUUGGGGAAGGAAUCGGGCAAAAAGCCUGGCGAUUGGUACGGCCCGGGAGCGGUAGCACAUUUGUUACGGCAGGCGGUACGUUUGGCAGCACAGGAAAUUACCGAUUUGGAUGGAGUAAACGUUUACGUUGCUCAGGAUUGCGCUGUUUACAUACAGGACAUUCUUGACGAGUGCACGGUUUCGGCACCACCGCCUGUAGCGCCUUGGCAACAAAAGUGUAUGGCGGGAAGUAGUAGAACCACAACAAACUCACCCAAUGUGGCUAAGAGCGGUAAUUCUCCCAGUGCAGAUGUUGAUGAUGAAGAGCAAUCCGCUCACUGGAAGUCAUUAAUUUUGCUUGUACCACUUCGGCUCGGUACUGAUAAGCUAAAUCCCAUUUAUAACGAAUGCCUUAAGGCGAUGCUAAGUUUGGACUACUGCAUCGGCAUUAUUGGCGGAAGACCGAAGCACUCGUUGUACUUUGUUGGAUAUCAAGAGGACAAACUAAUACAUCUUGAUCCGCACUACUGCCAAGAUAUGGUCGACGUGAAUCAGGAAAACUUUCCAGUCGCCUCGUUUCACUGUAAAUCACCGCGUAAGAUGAAGCUUAGCAAAAUGGAUCCUAGCUGUUGCAUUGGCUUUUACUGUGAAACGAAGAGGGACUUUUAUAAGUUUAUCGACAGCGUUAAACCGUUUUUAAUUCCCGUUCAUCAAAGCAAUCAAGAAACAGGAUUUGCGAACCCAUCCGGAUCAUCGACCAGUUCCGUCAGCUACCCGAUGUUUGUGUUUUGUCGUGGGAAAAGUAGCGAGCAGCGAGCCGAUCUGCCAGGACAACAGCCUCAACAUUCUCACCCGACGGCUUAUCGAUCACCUCCAACGGCUAUACCACAGCAAAUGGUCGCAGGAAACGAUGACGACGAUGACGAAGAAGAAGAUGAGGCGAUAGAGUUCGUCAUUCUAUAA